AUGGCUCCACCCCACCCCCACCUGUUGUCCUUUGUGGAAUUUGAGCAGUGUGAGAAAGAGAAAGAAGAACCUGAACUGGAUCAUGAAUGUAAGACUGAAAUACUCAUGUCAUCAGAGGAAAUCAAAAAGGAAGAUAUAGCUUCAGAUCUUCAUGAUGACACAGAUUUUUUUCCAAGAGGAGACAUUCAAAGGAAUCAAGCUAUUAAAUCAGAACACAAGAAGGAAAAGCACUCAUGUAGCCAGGAGAUGUCAUACCAGAAAUUACCACGGGAGUUGGAAACCAGGAAGGAGCUGCUCACUGGCCAUCAGAUUACUCAUUCUGGUGACAAACUACAUCAAUGUUCUCAGUGUGGAGAAGCCUUUAUUAACGAGUGCACUCUUAAGGAACAUCAGAGGAUCCAUACUGGAGAAAAGCCACACCAGUGUUCGCAGUGUGGAAAGGCCUUUACACACAAGGGUGAUCUCAAGAGACAUCAGAUUACACACACUGGAGAAAAGCCACAUCAGUGUUUGCAGUGUGGAAAGGCCUUUACACAGAUGUAUCAUCUCAAGGUACAUCAGAGGAUCCAUUCUGGAGAAAAGCCACAUCAUUGUUUGCAGUGUGGAAAGGCCUUCAAACAGAUGUAUCAUCUCAAGGUACAUCAGAAGAUCCACUCUGGAGAAAAGCCACAUCAGUGUUUACAGUGUGGAAAGGCCUUUACACAGAAGAGUGAUCUCAAGCUACACCAGAGGAUCCAUACUGGAGAAAAGCCACAUCAGUGUUCGCAGUGUGGAAAGGCCUUUACACAUAUUAGUAAUCUCAAGAAACAUCAGAUUACACACAAUGGAGAAAAGCCACAUCAGUGUUCACAGUGUGGAAAGGCCUUUACACAAAAGAGUGAUCUCAAGAUACAUCAGAGGUUCCAUACUGGAGAAAAGCCACAUCAGUGUUCACAGUGUGGAAAGGCCUUUACACAAAAGAGUGAUCUCAAGAUACAUCAGAGGGUCCAUACUGGAGAGAAGCCACAUCAGUGUACCACAUGCGCAAGGAGAUUCACAACAGCUCAAAACCUCUCUAGACAUCAGAUUACACACACUAGAGAAAAGCUAUAUCCAUGUUCACAAAGUGGAAAGGCCUUUUCUCAUAACUCUUCUCUCAAGAAACACCAAAUUAUCCAUACAUGA